UCACUCUCUCUCUCUCUCUCUGUCAGGGCUCGGCGCUCGAGCGGUGCUUUUCCACGCGAGCAGCGGCAGCGUUAGCAGAGGGGCUCCGAUCUGCAGGAACUUUCCGCUCUAGCCGCUCCUCCUGUUCAAUCCCACAGCCUCUAAAAAAAACACACUGCCCCCUCUCCUCCACCUCCACCCCCUCAAACCAUCCUCCGCUCCCUCCUCCUCGCGCUUCACUCGGACCGUUCGAGAGGACCGGAGCCGCCUGGAUGCUUCAGCGCGGUAUGGAAAUUUCCGACCUCGGUUAAGGAUAUUUUCUGGCGCGAACCCGAACGAAGAAGGCGUCGAGGGAGAGAAACGGGGCUUGGAAGGAGGACGGUUACCCCCUCUCCACCUCCUCCAUCUCUCCCCUCCACCUCCUCCACCUCCUCUUCUUCUUCGUCCUCUUCCUCCUCCUCCUCCUCUUCCUCCGCUAUCCGGACCAGUCCUCCGCUCGUUCGCUUCAGGAUUUAAAGCCUCCAUUCCUCUUCUACUGGGAGACCCCCGGGCUUUUUUUGGGCUUUGGGCUUUAAACCGCCCCCCUCCCGCGGGAAGACAUGAAAGUUUCCCCGGCGCUCGUGCUCCUGCUGGCCGUUUGGAGCGCGCGGUGGCAGCGCGCGCUGCCCGAUUCCAUUAUUCACAUCGGGGCCAUAUUUGAUGAGUCUGCCAAAAAGGAUGACGAAGUGUUCCGCAUGGCGGUGGCGGACCUCAACCUCAACAAUGAAAUCCUGGAGACGGAGAAGAUCACCAUCUCAGUGGAGUUUGUCGAUGGGAACAAUCCUUUCCAGGCUGUGCAAGAAGCAUGUGAGCUGAUGAACAGAGGUAUCCUGGCUUUGGUUAGCUCCAUUGGCUGCAUGUCUGCGGGCUCUCUACAGUCUCUGGCAGAUGCCAUGCACAUCCCCCAUCUGUUUAUCCAGCGGGCACCGGCAGGCACCCCUCGCUCUAGUUGUCCCCCCACCACCCCUGGCCAGCCUGAUGACUACACACUCUUCGUUCGUCCGCCAGUCUACCUGAACGAUGUCAUUUUCCAUGUGGUGAUGGAGUACACCUGGCAGAAGUUCAUUAUUUUCUACGACCAGGAUUAUGACAUCCGGGGCAUCCAGGACUUUCUGGACAAGACAUCCCAGCAAGGCAUGGACGUGUCCCUGCAAAAGGUGGAGUCUAACAUUAACAUGAUGAUCACCGGAAUGUUCCGCACCAUGAGGGUGGAGGAGUUACACCGCUACAGAGACACACUGCGCAGAGCUGUUCUCUUCAUGAGCCCCGCCAGCGCCAAGGCCUUCAUUACAGAGGUGGUGGAAACCAACUUGGUAGCUUUUGAUUGCCACUGGAUCAUCAUUAAUGAGGAGAUAUCUGACAUGGAUGUGCAGGAGUUGGUGAUGAAGUCUAUAGGGCGUCUGACUCUAAUCAGACAGACCUUCCCUCUGCCUCAGAACACCAGCCAGCGCUGCGUCCGCAACAACCACCGCAUCAACACCUCCCUCUGCGACCCCAAAGACUCCAAAGCUCAGACACUGGAGAUCACCAACCGGUACAUCUAUGAUACGGUGCUUUUGCUGGCCAACACCUUCCACAGAAAGCUGGAGGACCGCAAAUGGCACAGCAUGGCCAGCCUGUCCUGCAUCCGCAAAGGCUCCAAGCCCUGGCAGGGAGGCCGUUCUAUGCUGGAGACCAUCAAGAAGGGAGGUGUGAGUGGUCUGACAAGUCUGCUGGAGUUCAAUGAUAACGGCACCAACCCCAACAUCUUCUUUGAGAUCCUGGGGACGAACUAUGGAGAGGACCGUGGCCGUGGGGUCAGCAGGCUGGCGACCUGGGACCCAAUCCAUGGACUAAAUGGAAGCCUGUCAGACCGAAAGCUGGAGAAUAACAUGCGUGGUGUGGUGUUACGUGUUGUUACUGUUCUGGAGGAGCCGUUUGUCAUGGUGUCAGAGAAUGUGUUGGGGAAGCCCAAGAAGUACCAAGGAUUCUCUAUCGAUGUCCUCGAUGCUCUGGCUAACUACCUAGGCUUCAAGUAUGAGAUCUACGUGGCUCCUGAUCACAAAUAUGGCAGCCAACAAGCUGAUGGCACUUGGAAUGGUCUUAUUGGAGAGCUGGUCUUUAAGAGAGCGGAUGUUGGACUCUCGGCACUGACCAUCACCCCUGAGCGCGAGAGCGUGGUCGACUUCACCACCCGCUAUAUGGACUACUCAGUGGGCGUGCUGCUGAAGAAGGCUGAGCGUACCAUGGACAUGUUUGCCUGCCUGGCCCCCUUUGACCUCUCGCUGUGGGCCUGCAUUGCAGGCACUGUGCUGCUGGUGGGCACGCUGGUGUACCUGCUGAACUGGCUCAACCCACCCAGAUUGCCCAUGGGCUCUGUCUCCUCCACCACACUCUACAACUCCAUGUGGUUUGUGUAUGGCUCCUUUGUGCAGCAAGGUGGAGAGGUACCUUACACCACUCUGGCUACGAGGAUGAUGAUGGGAGUUUGGUGGCUCUUUGCUCUGAUUGUCAUCUCUUCCUACACGGCUAAUCUGGCCGCCUUCCUCACCAUCUCCCGCAUUGAGAACUCCAUCCAGUCACUGCAGGAUCUGUCCAAGCAGACAGAACUUCCAUACGGCACUGUGCUGGACUCAGCUGUGUAUGACCAGUUGCGCAGUAAAGGCAUAAACCCCUUCGAGCGAGACCCCAUGUACUCGCAGAUGUGGCGGAUGAUCAACCGGACCGGAGGAGCUGACAACAACGUGGAGGACUCGAAGGAGGGCAUUCGCAAGGUGAAGUACGGCCGCUUUGCAUUUGUGUGGGAUGCAGCUGUGCUGGAGUAUGUGGCCAUUAAUGAUGAGGACUGCUCGUUCUACACAGUGAGCAACAGUGCGCCGGACAGAGGCUACGGCAUCGCCAUGCAGCACGGUAGCCCCUACAGGGACAUCUUCUCUCAAAGGAUCUUGGAACUGCAGCAGAAUGGGGAUAUGGACAUCCUGAAGCUGAAGUGGUGGCCCAGAGACAGCCCGUGUGACCUGUACUCGGCUGUAGGCACCAAGAAAAGUGGCAGUGCCUUGGACAUCCAUAGCUUUGCUGGUGUGUUCUUUGUGCUGGCAGCAGGCGUGGUGCUGUCCUGCCUCAUCGCUACCGUGGAGACCUGGUGGACAAGGCGGAAGGGCUCCAGAGUGCCCUCCAAGGAGGACGACAAGGAGAUUGACCUGGAGCACCUCCACCGGCGGGUCAACAGCCUGUGCACAGAGGACGAGAGCCCCCACAAGCAGUUCUCUGCCUCCUCCAUCGACUUGACACCCCUGGACAUGGACUCGCUGCCAGCCGCCCGGCAGGCGCUGGAGCAGAUCAGUGACUUCCGCAACACUCACAUCACCACCACCACCUUCAUCCCCGAGCAGAUCCAGACGCUGAGCCGCAGCCUGUCGGCCAAAGCAGCCGCCGGUUUCGCCUACGGGGCCGUGCCAGAUCAGCGGGGUGCUGGGCCCUUCCGCCAGCGGGCGCCUAAUGGCGGCUUCUUCCGCAGUCCCAUCAAGACCAUGUCCAGCAUCCCUUACCAGCCCACACCAGCACCCAGCUUCAGCUACGGCAAUGACCCAGACAGGGGCACCUCCAUAUAAAAGACCACCAGGACCUCAGAAGAAUGGAGACAAAAAAUACAACAAAAAAAUAAAAACACACAAAAGAGAAUACAUAUAUGUAAAUACCAGUCUUUUUUUCAGUCGUCCCUUCCUUUUUCACAUUGUUUCUUUUUUUUUCACUUUUUCCGGCUGGCAGAAGUGUUGGGGGCACUGGUCCUGCCUGAAUUCACCUCCCUGUUGAGGAUGAGGAAGGUGUUUGGUUUCUUUCUUGUCGUUGUGGUCAGUUGGAGAUCUCUCAAUGUGAACAAAGAUGACUUUAACUUUCAUUUUUUGUUUUUAUCCACAUUUGAAGUUUGAGUGUUUGGAGAGAACUUAAAAAGAAAAAGACUUAUAUGAACCUUACAACCAUGGGAUGUUUACAUUAUUUUUUUGUUUUGUUUCUGGACAAAAUGAGAGAGAAAAAAAAUCACUGCACUUUGCAGAGUGACCUACAGACCCGCAAUAACUUGAGGCUUGUUCAAGAAGCCUCGUCUAACUUAAUUCUCAGUUCACACUGGACUGGGAGCUUGGUUAAUGGCAUCUUUUAACAGUGAGCUGUGACCAAUGGCACUGCACCCACCGGGCUCCUUCAUACACACAUGGGACACUCUGUAUAAGAGAAAGACUGAAUCAAAACAAAACACAUUGACAAGUCCAAGUGUAGAAGGAGGGGAUGCAGCUAAGGCUUCUAAAUGUGUUUUACUGACUUUGUUUGAAGUAUAACAAAUCUUAAAAUGUGUGGAAUGUGUCUGGUCAGAAAGUUUAAACAAGAAAAAAAAAUGAUCAGUGCUGUCUGUUGUUUCUUUCUUGUUUUUUUUUAUUUACUUAUAUAAGUUUUGAAAUUGCUUCAGUGCCAUCAUCUUACACUGGUUUGCAUCAUUCAGUCAUGGAAAGCUUUUUUGUUUUUCCUCUUUCGCAGCUGUAUGCCUGGAUUUGACCAUCUACAUUUUGUACAAUAGCCUCAUUGCGUGGACCACCAGCUUAUGGCUAAUAUGCGCCGCAGCUUUCGGAGGUCAAGAAGAGAAAGAGCUUUCAAACUUUCAAAAGGGAUUCUCGACACAAGCCUUAGAUGGAGGGCUCUUUUUAAUCUUUCGCCAUGCGUCCUCAAACCUACAGCAGGCCAUCCCGAAAGAGCAGACGCAGCGGCUACUUUGGGGGGAAUUCUUUGAAAUAACUUUCUAUUUUGUUUCAUAAAUGUUAAGGGGUAAUAUUUAUCUAACUUUUUUUUAAGUGCUAAUUGUUAAAACAAGGCCAUCAAAGUGUGAUGACAGGUUAAAAAGACACAUUUUGAGAAGUUUAAAGAGAAAAAUACAAAAAAAAAACAUCCGAACAGUUUUCACUAACACUGUAUUAAUAUUACUAAUGUUAGUUGUUUAGAAUGAGCUUUCAGUUUUGUUAUCCUCAGACUAAUUCGCCAAACGUCGUGUGUAGAGAACAGCAACAGUGUUUUUUGACGACAGCAUUCUAGAUGUACUUUUCUUAAGCUAUGGCUACUGAAUGACAAUAGGAACAAUUUUUGUUUAGUAUCAAUUUCAAGAUUUUUAUUUAGUAUAAAUGAGAAGACGUUAAAAUGUAUAUUUUACAUGGAGAUAAUUUUUUGGUUGGAUUAAAGAGAAGAUAUAGAGUUUAACAUAAAAAGCCGAGCAUCGCGUUAGACACCAUUGCACUAAUUGAGUUCUCCACAGUCCCUCAGUUGGUGAGGCGUUCAGAUUUUGGCUUCAUUUCAUGUUGAGUUCUGGAUUUAUGAAGGCAAGUUAUUUUCCAUACAAAAAAAGCAUGUACAACUUGCUAAGCCUGUAACAUUUUUAAUUUCUUACAUAGUAUGUACAGGAUUUACUUGAUCAUUUUCGACUGAUUAUAAUGUACAGUAUUUAAUAUAGGCCUAUUUUGUUGUAUGUGUUGCAUAUUAUUCAAAUGGAACAAACUGAGGCCUCUGUUACAAGUGGCAAAGCUUUCUGUGUAUAAUUUGUCUAAUAAACAUGUUUUCUACAGUG